AUGCUGCGGUCACUCUCAGCGAACAACUCACCGCGGGUGCAGCGACAGGCGCGGGUGUUGCCUACGCUGUCCAAAAGUCCGACUUUGUUUGAACAAACCGGUUCAGCAGGACGACAAAUGGGACAAAACGGUCCUAUGGCGCGACAGGACAGGCAGGUGGGUACUGCCCCCCGGGUUGGGAGUCACCAGCGUACGGCAGAUACUUCUCAGAGCAUAGCCUAUGCGGCUGGGCCCACACAAUCGAUGGUUGGCACCGCACGCCUCGACGAUACCGCUUUCAAAGCGGUACCGGAAAUGGGCUCGUCACCCAGAGAUGUGAGAGACCAUAUGAAGUUCGGGUUUGAGGAGUCGAUAGGGUGGACUGUUCCGAGUGGUGCUGAUGUGACGCAGGUGAUCGAUGUCGCAAGAUUUCGCAAUAUCAGUUACGACAAACGACAAGAGAUGCAGAGGGGCAGCAUCACUUCAUUGGGCGCAAUCGCAGGACAAGCGCCCUCGCAAUCUCUGGGCGUCUUCACGGCUUGCCGCACCUCGUCGCCUUCAGAAGUGGUGUCACCAAAUGCCACAGAUAACUCCACCUCUCUGUCAGUUGUACAUCCCAGUAGUCCAGUGUACACACGCACACACUCGCCCUUGCACUCACCGCUACAGACGCCCGACCCACAGUCAGCCAACUCUCUGUCACCACAGUCUGCAUCACCACAGUCGCUGCACGCAUACGCACACCCGCCUGUGCACACAACCACCCGCAACGAUCACACAGCACCGCUGCACGUGACACUCCCCUACACACACACACGCACACGCACACGCACGACGUCUGUCCCACCUCCAGACACAGACGAACCCUUACCGUCCAUGGAGAGAAUGCCACGUAGAAACGGUGCGAGUACAGCGGACUUUGUGCGGAGAUCAAAGUCUCACGACACCACUCGCGGGCUAUCGUCACUGCUGUUGCCCGCCCAUGCACGCACACGGUCACCCUCACCUGUGUACAACGCACAAGUGCACGAUGGUAACCAUGGCAACAGCUCGAGUGGGAGUGAGAGCGAGGCAGUGAACAUACACCUGGGCGUGUCCGCUGAAUAUUUGAACUCGCCGCGAAGGUCAUUGACUCAGACUGCGCCUGCGCCUUCAGAGUUAUCAGAUGUGUUGCAUUUGCCCCGCAGGGUUGCGCUCGGGUCGUACACAGGACAAUCAGCGGAGGACGGGGCGCACUCGGCAUCAUACUCAAGCACCACAACGUCACCCAUUGUACCCGCACAGACGAACACAAGUGUACCUGUGCUCACCCCCACACUAGUAGAGGGUAACCCCAUCCCAGACCCACAGGCACACGGCCACGCACAGCCACAGGCACACGAACAAGCACACACACACAUACACACACACACACACACACAAACACGUGACCACACGCAGCAGCCAACACACUCUGCGAACACACAGCUACCAACACACGACCACCCACCACCACACACCCACCACCAUAUGCAACCACCGCCACACACACUCCCCGCCGCACAGGGGUAUGCACAGGCACAAGAGACCACAUACGCACAGGCACACGCACAGGCACAGACACAACCACACGGCCAAAGACAGCCCCACACACGCGGCAGGCUGAGCUAUCGACCGACCAUACCAGACUACCCACCCACUAGUGUCCCCAGGCCCAGCUCAGAGAGGUGUGUAGGGGGCGUGUGUUAUGUGUGUUGA